AUGCCAGAAGCAAAAUUAUGUCAUCUUCCUUUAGGUUUUAAUACUUUGCAUAAACUAAAUCCAUUUUAUGAUUUUGAUAUAGCUAAUUGUUCUAUUUUUUCAUCUAUUAAUACAGGUCUAAUUGUGGUUUUAGCUUGUAGUCAUACAUAUCAUAAAAUUUGUUAUAAUAAUAGUAGAUUUAAAUGUUUAUAUUGUCUCUCAUAUUUACAAGAAGAUGUUAAUGUACAUGUCCAAUCUUUGCUGACACGAUUGCAACAAUUCAAUGAAAUACAAGUUGAAAAGGAUGAUAAUAAUAUUCCUUAUGAUAAUGAUGAUAAGAAUGAAUCAGUGGAAUGUAUGACAUUUAUAUUAGAAGAAAAUUUCAAUCACAAUAAUAUUUAA